AUGCUGAUAUCACUCUUCAUCAUUGCGUCUAGUCCUAUCUUAACGAUUUGCCAUCUCAGCUACGUUCAAUUCCAUUCGCUGUGCUACCUCGUCAAACUCAACAUCGAAAUGGCCAUGGCCAACCUGAUCAGACGCAUCGCCAUCUCGAACUUCAACCGCACUGGUGCAGUACACGAGUUCAAGGACCCAUCCACCCAUGCAUCGGAACCUUAUAGCAAUACUUUCGCCUCCACCCGGGGCAGCGUCCAGCUCGGCAACAUCGGCAAGAGCGCCAAUGCCUAUGACUGCAACAUCAAGGCCACGACACAAUACACUGUGACUUCAGAGCCCAGUUUAUCCCCAAAGGAUAGUCGCCGGCCUUCACAUGUCGAGGUGGAGAUCUCGAAGGGGCACACGGACAACUAUGGCGCGAUGAACCGACCAGUGAUUGUCAUUGAAGAACCGGAGACGAAGAGCUUGGACGGCGCGACAGAGGUCGCAGAGAGUUACCAUACUGACGAUGAGGCUGUGCUCGUGAACAAGAGGGGCCAUUGGUGA